AUGACAACCGAUGGCACUUCCUUUAGUAAAGGAGGCAUGUAUAUGAUAAGUAAUCUAGAAGUGAAACCAGAAUCAGGUGUUGGAGGCUGCUGCCCCUAUAAUCAAGGCAAUGCAUACUAUGCAAAGUAUAUUGCAAAUCUUCCAAUACAAGAUAUUAUCAAAACUCAAUUACCAUGUUUUCUAUUAUACCUCCCAGCAUUGGAUGCAUUAGACAUUUACUAUCAAAAUCUUCCUUGGAUUGAUUCUUGGCAAAUUAAAUUUCCAUACAUCACUUCACUCAAGGUUUCAGGUGGAGCAGAAAUUCAAUUUAAAUAUCUCAAACAACUUUAUGAAAGCAAAUUAUUGUUUCUUGUUGAACAAUAUAAUGAUAAUGCUGAUUGCACCCUCUUCCCACAAAGACUACUUGUGAAAUUUGUACAACAAUAUGGAAUAGAGGCACAUAAAACCUGGAAAAUUUCCUUUGAUGGCUGUAAUGUUGAUAUUGUAAAUACACUGGGUGGCCAGUUUAUGCUUCUUGUAAUAAAACUUGAAAAUAUUUUUAUCACAUCUCUUGCUGAUAGUUAUAUUCACAUCACUGUUGAAGUGUCUGCCUCUCUUGCUUCUACUGCCAUAGAAAAUAAACAUAAACGUAAAGCCAGUAUUGAGGACACAGAAGUUUAUAUAAAGGAUCUCAUGAAGAAAAUAAGACUAUCAGAUUCUCCAAAUUGUAAAAAUAUAGAGCCAAACAACGUUGAUUAUGCCUUUGUUUUAGAUGUAGUUUAUUCUAUGCCAAAUGUGUUUGAUGAUGAAAAAGCAAGAAAGGAGGAAUUUAGGAGAUUAUUUAGAGAACAUUACAAGAUCACUUUUAAUGACUAUGCAGGUGAGAGGAUGACAACCGAUGGCACUUCCUUUAGUAAAGGAGGCAUGUAUAUGAUAAGUAAUCUAGAAGUGAAACCAGAAUCAGGUGUUGGAGGCUGCUGCCCCUAUAAUCAAGGCAAUGCAUACUAUGCAAAGUAUAUUGCAAAUCUUCCAAUACAAGAUAUUAUCAAAACUCAAUUACCAUGUUUUCUAUUAUACCUCGCAGGACCAUAUAUUGGCAUUGCUGGUGCAUUGGAUGCAUUAGACAUUUACUAUCAAAAUCUUCCUUGGAUUGAUUCUUGGCAAAUUAAAUUUCCAUACAUCACUUCACUCAAGGUUUCAGGUGGAGCAGAAAUUCAAUUUAAAUAUCUCAAACAACUUUAUGAAAGCAAAUUAUUGUUUCUUGUUGAACAAUAUAAUGAUAAUGCUGAUUGCACCCUCUUCCCACAAAGACUACUUGUGAAAUUUGUACAACAAUAUGGAAUAGAGGCACAUAAAACCUAUGAUUAUGAACUUUUAACUUUACAUGAAACUACUGAAAUUAAAAAAGCUAUGCAUAAUGCAGAAUUUGUACAUGGUGAUUUAAGAUGUGAAAAUAUCCUCUGUAAGAAGAAACAAAAAAUUGGUGAUAAUAAUGAUCAAGUAGAUAUUGUAAUUAUAGAUUUUGAUUGGGCUGUAAAAGCUGAUAAAGAAGUUAAAAUUCUACAGCCACUAACAUCUAGUUUAGAGAAAGAGAGGAAUGAAUUGCUUGAAAAAAUUAAGGAAUUAGAAGCAAGAGUAGAAGAAAAAGAUAACAUAAUAGAGAAUUUAGAAGAAAGAGUAGACAUGGAAGUUGAAAUGAACUUGAAAGCACUAGACAAGUCCAAAGAAUAUCAUGAUAGAAAUCUUUUCUUAUUAGGAAUGUCAAAGGACACUAUUAUAACCAAUUUGAAAUUAAAAAUUUAA